AUGUUGAGUAAAAAUAUAUGGGUUCCUAUCGAAUCCAACCCGGAGUCAUUGUACCUAUACUCAUGUAAACUUGGACAGUCGAAGUUAACAUUUCAGGACAUUUAUGGAUUUAAUAAGGACCUAUUAGAUAUGAUUCCGCAACCUAUUCACGCAAUAAUGCUUUUGUACCCUCUUAAAGAAAGUGAAACUACUGAAAACAGGUCAACCGAUGAAAAUGUAGAACAAAAUUUUGAAAACAUAUGGUUCAUAAAACAGAUCGUUCCUAAUUCCUGCGGAACGAUUGCUCUUCUCCACGUGUACGGAAAUUUAAAAAACAAAUUUCAGUUAGACAAGGAUUCAAUCUUAGACAACUUUUUCGACAAAGUGAAGGACUUGUCACCUGAAAAACGAGCACAGGAAUUCGAAAUGAACAAGAGCAUCGAACUACUUCACCACGAAUUUUCAGGAAGUUUUUCUGGCUCAAGGGAUGAUAUAGAUAUUGACACCCAUUUCAUUGUUUUUCUGGAAAUUAACGGAAAACUAGUUGAAUUGGAUGGACGAAAAGAUCAACCCGUAAUUCAUGGCUUGACAACAGCAGCCACUUUUAAAUACGACACGGGAAAUGUAAUACAAAAAAAGUUCAUAGAGAAAUGUAAAGACGACAACAGAUUUUCAGCCUUAGCAAUAGUAUCAAGUGAUAGUGUAUAA